AGCUUGGAUCAAACUUGAAUUUAGGCUCAACCACAAGCACGCUCAUAUCAAUCCCGCAUUGGUAGAAUAAUUCCAAACUUUUACACAACAAUGUAAUCUCAUUUUCAAUAUCAAAAGAAAAAGGGGAAACUCAACUUUAUAUAUAAACAGAUUCCAGCAAAAAACCAGUCCAUACGGUGCCACUCCCAAUUGUCUGGUUCCUUGUUGUGGAAGCAGAAAUCCAAUCUGAUUCCAACACCUGUGCUCUCUCCUUUGCUCUGAUCUCUGCUCCUCCAAUUCUUUGCCACCAAACACCCUCCUCCUUUCUUCAACACCUGGUUCUUCUCUGCCGCUCCCAUCUCUCUUUCAUAUCUAUAUAAACAGACACCCAAAUGGGUUCAUUUUUCAGCCACGCUUUCACCAAGGAACAGCUUGCAAUGGCGCUCGAAAAGAUCAAGACCACCGUCAACGCCACCCCUGUCGUCGUCUUCAGUAAAACUUACUGUGGCUAUUGCCGGAGGGUCAAGCAACUGUUGACACAGGUUGGAGCACGCUAUAAGGUUGUCGAACUAGAUGAGGAAGUCGAUGGAGGUGAAAUUCAAGCAGCUCUAGCUGAGUGGACUGGACAGAGUACUGUGCCUAAUGUGUUCAUUGCUGGGAAACGCAUCGGCGGCUGUGACUCUGUCUUAGAAAGGCACCAGACAGGUCAGCUUCUGCCCCUUCUCCGGGAGGCUGGUGCAGUUGCUAAUAACCCCGUGUCUGCGUGAAUGAUCGAAGUAAGAUGAAACUAAGCAACCUGUAUUCCUGCAUUAAGGUUGGAAUAGUUAAAUAAAAAGACUAGCUACUGAAUGUUUUGUUUGAUAAGUAUACAGCAAAAGAAGAAGCUCUUCUAUGGCUGUACAAACUGUGUGUUCAUGUUAAUAUAUGUAAUGGGUUGCUGCCAAGUUUAGGUUGCAGAUUUGAUA